UGUCAGGAAUGAUGGCCAACAUCUUACAGCACAACAAAGAAUUCUCUCACUGAGAAGGUCAAGAGUGCUGAGGCUGAUAAAGUGGCCUAUAAACAAAGAAGAAUAGUCAAUCAACCGGGCUGUUUGGGUUUAGACAAGAUAUUGCCCCGGGUAUGGUAGGGGAAGUAAGAGGAACCUGGCGCUUCUGCAAACCUCAUGUCUGGGGUGGCUUAAAUAGUUAGGCUCCUCCCCUACUACCCCCGACCUUGUCUUUGCACUUGGAAACUCUAGGUCUGGCAGCCUGGAGCCUCUGGGACUCCAUGCUCCCUGAAGACCACCCCUUCACCUCAGAAGCCUCCAGACGUAGCAUCACUCCAUGCAAUGACCAAGAAAGUUAAUGCUCUUGGAUCCAUCUAAGGCAAACUUGACACCUUUGAUGCUCUGCUCCCUUCCACCAGACUUGUAGAUUUCACCGUGAAAGAAGACUGAACAUGCAGCCUUUUGAGGCACAGAUGAAAGAAUUGGGUGGAAGCCCCUCCGUGUUCCGAACCUAGUCAGAGCCAGACUUCCAUUAUGAUGCUUUACCCGCUGAAGAGAAAAAGAGAAACUGGAUUAUCUUUGAUCCAGACGGCACCAGGUCUCACACAACGGACACUUUAUUUGCAGCAAAUAAGGAGACCACAGGGGAAUAAUGCCCAAAGCCCCUAAGCAGAUGUGUUUCCAAUGUGGACACUGAAGAGACAGUCCCUUGUCCUUUUUAACAUAAUUUUAAUUUCCAAACUCCUUGGAGCUAGAUGGUUUCCCAAAACUCUCCCCUGUGACGUCACUCUGGAUGCUCCAAAGGCCCAUGUGAUUGUGGAUUGCACGGACAAGCAUUUGACGGAAAUUCCUGAAGGUAUUCCCACCAACGCCACCAACCUCACCCUCACCAUUAACCACAUACCCAGCAUCUCUCCAGCUUCCUUUCACCAGCUGGACUAUCUGGUAGAGAUUGAUUUCAGAUGCAACUGUAUACCUAUUCGACUAGGGCCAAAAGACAAUAUGUGUCCCAGGAGGCUGCAGAUUCAACCCAGAAGCUUUAGUAGACUCACGUAUUUAAAAUCCCUUUAUCUAGAUGGAAACCAGCUGCUAGAAAUACCUGAGGGUCUUCCUCCCAACUUGGAGCUGCUGAGCCUUGAGGCCAACAGUAUCUUUUGUAUCAUGAAAAAUAACCUAACAGAACUGACCAACAUAGAAAAACUCUACUUGGGCCAAAACUGUUAUUUUCGCAAUCCUUGUAACAUUUCAUUUUUCAUAGAAAAAGAUGCUUUCCUGAGUCUGAAAAAUCUAAAAUUGCUCUCCCUAAAAGAUAACAAUAUCACAUAUGUGCCCACUACGUUGCCAUCCACUUUAACAGAACUCCAUCUUUAUAACAACGCCAUCACAGAAAUCCAAGAAGAUGAUUUUAAUAACCUCAGUCAAUUGCAAGUUCUUGACCUCGGGGGAAACUGCCCCCGUUGUUACAAUGUCCCAUUUCCGUGUACACCCUGUAAAAAUAAUGCUCCCCUACAGAUCCACUUGAAGGCUUUUGAUGCAUUGACAGAACUACAAGUUUUACGUCUACACAGUAACUCUCUUCAGCAUGUGCCCCAAAGAUGGUUUAAAAACAUUAAGAAACUUAAGGAGCUAGAUCUUUCCCAAAACUUCUUGGCCAAAGAAAUUGGGGAUGCCAAAUUUUUGCUUCUUCUUCACAACCUUGUCCAAUUGGAUCUGUCUUUCAAUUAUGAACUUCAGGUCUAUCGUGCAGCUCUGAAUCUAUCAGAUGCCUUUUCUUCACUGAAAAACCUGAAAGUUUUACGGAUCAAAGGAUAUGUCUUUAAGGAACUAAGCAGCCACAACCUCUCCCCAUUACGUAGUCUUUCCAAUCUUGAAGUUCUUGAUCUUGGCACUAACUUCAUAAAAAUCGCUGACCUCAGCAUAUUCGAACAAUUUAAAACAUUGAAAGUCAUAGAUCUUUCAGUGAAUAAAAUAUCACCUUCAGGAGAUUCAAGUGAAGUUGGCUUCUGCGCUAACACCAGAACUUCUGUAGGUGGUCAUGCGCCUCAGGUCCUUGAAACAUUACAUUAUUUCAGAUAUGAUGAGUACGCAAGGAGUUGCAGGUUCAAAAACAAAGAGACUCCCUCUUUCUUGUCUUUUAAUGAAGACUGUUAUGUGUAUGGGCAGGCCUUGGACCUAAGUAGAAAUAAUAUAUUUUUUAUCAAGUCCUCUGAUUUUCAGCAUCUGUCUUUCCUCAAAUGCCUAAACUUGUCAGGAAACUCCAUUGGCCAAACUCUCAAUGGCAGUGAAUUUCAGCCUUUAGUGGAGCUGAAGUAUUUGGACGUCUCUAACAACCGGCUUGAUUUACUCUACUCAACAGCAUUUGAGGAGCUACACAACCUGGAAAUUCUAGAUAUAAGUAGUAACAGCCAUUACUUUCAAUCAGAAGGCAUUACUCACAUGCUAAACUUCACCAAGAACCUAAAAGUUCUGAAGAAACUCAUGAUGAACAACAAUGACAUCUCUAUGUCCACCAGCAGGACCAUGGAGAGUGAGUCUCUUAGAAUUCUGGAAUUCAGGGGAAAUCACUUGGAUGUUUUAUGGAGAGACGGUGAUAACAGGUACUUAAAAUUCUUCAAGAAUCUGCUAAACUUAGAGGAAUUAGACAUCUCUGAAAAUUCUCUGAGUUUCUUGCCUUCUGGAGUUUUUGAUGGUAUGCCUCCAAAAUUAAAGACUCUCUCCCUGGUCAAAAAUGGGCUCAAGACCUUCAGCUGGGGAAGACUCCAGCAUCUGAAGAAUCUAGAAACUUUGGACCUCAGCUACAAUGAGCUGAAGACUGUCCCUGACAGAUUAUACAACUGUUCCAGAAGCCUCAAGAAACUGAUUCUCAAGUACAAUCAAAUCAGGCAUCUGACAAAGCAUUUUCUACAAGAUGCUUUCCAAUUGCGAUAUCUGGACCUCAGCUCAAAUAAAAUCCAGAUUAUCCAAAAGACUAGCUUCCCAGAAAAUGUUCUCAACAAUCUGGAGAUGUUACUUUUGCAUCAUAAUCGGUUUCUGUGCACCUGUGAUGCUGUGUGGUUCGUCUGGUGGGUUAACCAUACAGAGGUGACUAUUCCUUACUUGGCCACAGAUGUGACUUGUGUGGGGCCAGGAACACACAGGGGCCAGAGUGUGGUCUCUCUGGAUAUGUAUACCUGUGAGGUAGAUCUGACUAACCUGAUCCUGUUUUCACUUUCCGUGUCGGUAGCUCUUUCUCUGAUGGUGAUUACAACAGCAAACCACCUCUAUUUCUGGGAUGUGUGGUACAGUUACCAUUUCUGUAAGGCCAAAAUAAAGGGGUAUCAGCGUCUGACAUCCCUGGAUUCUUGCUACGAUGCCUUUGUGGUGUAUGACACUAAUGAUCCAGCAGUGACAGAGUGGGUUUUGGCUGAGCUGGUGGCCAAGCUCGAAGACCCAAGAGAGAAGCAUUUUAAUCUGUGUCUUGAGGAAAGGGAUUGGUUACCAGGGCAGCCAGUUCUGGAAAACCUUUCCCAGAGUAUCCAGCUUAGCAAAAAGACAGUGUUUGUGAUGACAAACAAGUAUGCAAAGACUGAGAACUUUAAGAUAGCAUUUUACUUGUCCCAUCAGAGGCUCAUGGAUGAAAAAGUAGAUGUAAUUAUCCUGAUAUUCCUUGAGAAGCCCCUUCAGAAAUCCAAGUUCCUCCAACUUCGGAAAAGGCUGUGUAAGAGUUCUGUCCUUGAGUGGCCCACAAACCCCCAGGCUCACCCGUACUUCUGGCAGUGUCUGAAAAAUGCCCUGGCCACAGACAAUCACAUCACCUACAGUCAGGUGUUCAAAGAGACGGUGUAGCCCUUCUUUGCCAAGCGUGACUGCCUAACCUACCAAGGAGAACCUUGGCUGCCUAGAUUUUCUCAUGAAUGUCUCACUAAAAGGGCGUUUGGAAACUCUUCAAGACCUGGGAUUGUUCACAUCAGAGAGGGAGAGACAUAGUGUAUGACAAAGGAAUUGGAAAAAUGGAAUUUCUAUAAUGCAUCGGGUCAUCUUUCCGAUCUCUCUGUGACUUCAUUUGCUCUCGAGCCUCCUUUUUCUGUUCCUGAACAGGAUACUACUGGGAGAAGGGGGACAAGGAGAGGACAUAAGGCUCCGAUUCUCCUGUAAUUCUCUUGUGAUUAUUGAGAGAAUCACGAAAUUGAGAGGAAUCUUGGUUCUACCCAUAAGAAGUUCUUCUAUGUACAGAAAUAGGGUAACAGAUGCUCAGGGCCUACAUAUAGGACAUAUAAGUGCACCACAGCUACUGAAUUGAAAACACAGGGAACUCCUCAACCAACUGCUUCUGCAUCAUCUAGCUCCCCUUUCUGUGCAGACAGACUGUUGGCACCCAACAGAUGGUCGAUGCUAGAUACCACUGUCUCUUUGCCCUUGGACCUGUUGCUGGGUUACAAUAGUGAAAAGCAUCUUUACCAUUGAUGGACAUCAUCUACUUACAAAUGGGAAAAAAAUGAAAGUGAUCUGCCUGUAUAUAAAGUCAGACUCUUUUACCUUUGAUGAUAAUUUCCCUGCUUAAAUAUUGUUAUGGACUGAAUGUUUAUUUCCUCCCAAAUUCAGAUGUUGAAAUCCUAACCCCUCGUCUGAUGGUGUUGGGAGGUGGGGCCUUCGGGAGGUGAUCAGAUCAUGAGGGUGGAGCCCUCAGAAAUGGGAUUAGCACCUUCUUAAAAGAAACCAGAAAACUAGCUUGCCGUGGUCCAACUAUGUCCAUGUGAGGAUACAAAGAGAGGUCAACAGUCUGCAACUCGGAAGAGGGCCCUCUCCAGAACCAGACGGUGUGGACACUUUGGCCUGGGAUGUCUUGGAACUCUGAGAAAUAAGUGUUGUUUAAGUCACCCAGUUUGUGAUAUUUUGUUAUAUAGCAGCCUGAGUAGACUAAAACAAAGAUUUUUAUUUGCAUUGCAAAAGGACUGUAUCCAAAGUAAAAUGGCCUCAUCCAAUGAUCUUUCAAACUGCUUUGCUAGCUAACAUCAUAUAUCUGUAAUUAUCUGCCAACUUGAUCCAUCAACAUUAGAUGGUUUUUAUUAUUAUUAUUGUUUUUAACAUUGGAUGGUUUUGAUAGUAAACUCUGAAGGAGGAACAUUUAGUUAUUUAUAGUUAUCAGGUAGGGAUGACAGUUCUUUGGAUUUCUUUAAAUUGCAGGGGGUGAGUUGGGGGAGGAGAAGCCAAGGUUUAUAGACCUCAACACUCAGAAAGCUUCAGUCUUGAACCCCAGUUUUCCCAUUCAAUGGCAGCAGUGGGAAGGGUGAAGACAUUCAGAAGACACGCAUACUUUCAAUUGGGUAUAAAGUCACAUGAGUUCAAAGUUUGAAACCUGAUCACUUUGUUUUAGUUCAUGAAAGCAAUGACCUACAGAGGUAUCUGUGCCCUUUGGAAAAUAGUGUGCAUGGGUUCAAAUCUCAGAGCAUUCGUUGGGAGAUCUUGUAUUUUCCUCAUGUAUCAAAAUGCCAAGUGUUGUAAGCAUAGCUGUAAAUACACACUAUAUGAAUUAUUUCUAAAAGACUUCUAGUCAAUAAGGGUCACGAAUUCCCAAAUUAAUCUCUGGAAUGAAUAAAGACAUAAGCUGUGAGAGCCAA